AUGACCAUGUCGACUUCGGCGCCCCUCCAGCGGUGCAUCCGUCGCGGUGCCGUGCCUAGCAGGCCAGGCCUUGCCAGUCGGCUGAGCAGCUCUUCCAGAGCUUCCUCGACGAUGCCGACACAUUGGAGCCGGCAGAGAGCACCCUCCUCGGCCUCCGGCUUUCGUCACCUAGCCCCAGCCCGCCCUUUCAGCACCACCCGCUCCUUUCGCUUUGCCGAUGUCGACGACAACUUUGACCCCAAGACAGUAGACCGGGAGAGCGACGAGGUAGACGUCUGCAUCGUUGGUGGUGGUCCCGCUGGAUUGAGCGCAGCCAUCCGUCUGAAGCAACUAGCGAACGAGAGCGGAAACGAAGACUUUCGAGUCCUCCUGCUGGAGAAGGCAGGGGAAAUUGGCGCGCAUAUCCUGUCCGGUGCUGUUAUUCAACCUAGUGGUGUUGAGGAGCUAUUUCCCGACUGGCUGGACGAGGCAAACGAGAGCCGCUUCGAACAUGCCACCCCCGCGGCCAACGACAAGAUGCGCUUCUUGACCAAGGGCAGCGCUAUACCCUUGCCCACCCCUCCGCAAAUGAACAAUCACGGCAAUUAUAUAGUUAGUCUGAACCAGUUCACAAAGUGGCUUGGCGAGCGGGCUGAGGAGGUUGGCGUCGAGGUGUACCCUGGAUUCGCUGCGUCUGAAGUCCUCUACAAGUCUGAUGGAUCGGUCCAAGGUGUCGCCACUAACGACCUUGGCAUUGCGCGGGAUGGAAAGCCGAAGGAUAGUUUCGAAAGAGGUAUGGAGUUCCAUGCCAAGGUGACCAUGUUCGCCGAGGGCUGCCACGGGAGCUUGACCAAGCAGGUAAUCAACAAGUUCGACCUCCGCAGAGACAGCCAGCAUCAGACCUACGCACUGGGCGUAAAGGAGGUAUGGGAGAUCCAACCGGAAAAGUUCAACAAGGGUGAGAUUACCCACUCCAUGGGCUACCCGCUCCCUUCCGACACCUAUGGAGGCGGCUGGAUGUACCACUUUGGGGAUAACCUCGUUAGCAUUGGUCUCGUCGUGGCUCUGGACUACGCGAACCCCUGGCUGUCGCCAUAUGGCGAGUUCCAGAAGAUGAAGCAGCACCCUCUUUACAAGAACGUGCUUGAAGGCGGCAAGUGUAUUUCUUACGGAGCUCGCGCUCUCGUCGAAGGUGGCUUCCAGUCGAUUCCCAAGGUGGCCUUUCCUGGAGGUGCCUUGAUCGGAGAUUCUGCUGGUUUCAUCAACGUGCCCAAAGUCAAGGGCACGCACAAUGCCAUGAAGUCAGGCAUACUUGCGGCUGAGGCUGCGUGGGGUGCAGUCAAGGAUGGCGAUUCUGGCUCUGUCUUUCUUUACGAUUACGAGGAUUCGCUCCGCAAGUCCAGCAUAUGGAAGGAACUCAAGGAGGUUCGCAAUAUGCGCCCAUCGUUCCAUAACCCCCUAGGGCUGUACGGCGGUCUUGUCUAUUCCGGGCUUGAGGCCUACUUUCUCAAGGGACGGGUGCCAUGGACAUUGAAGCACAAAACCACUGAUCAUGGUGCAACAAAGACGGCGGACAAGUGCCAAAAGAUCGAGUAUCCCAAACCAGAUGGCAAGAUCAGCUUCGACAUUCUCACCAGUGUUUCUCGAACGGGUACAAAUCACGAGGAGGAUCAGCCUGUGCAUCUCCAAGUCAAGGAUUGGGAUGCGCACACCAUGGAAACAUGGCCAGGUUACAAGGGUCUGGAAAACCGUUUCUGCCCUGCUGGAGUAUACGAAUACGUGGAGGAUGAUACGAAACCUCUUGGCGUGAGGUUCCAAAUCAACGCUCAGAACUGCAUCCACUGCAAGACAUGUGAUAUCAAAGCCCCUAAUCAGGACAUCAACUGGUCCGUACCUCAAGGUGGCGAAGGACCUAAAUACUACAUGACCUAG